AUGCGUGAAGCUGGCAAGUGUGAAAUACUUUGUAUUUUCUGCAUUGUCUAUAUCAAUUUUGAGGUACCAGACCUCGCUGUGGAGAAGAAUAUCAAUAUUGCUCAACUUCAUGCAGAUUUGGAUCCAGGGACUUCAUCGAUUGAGUAUCUUUGCACAACAGCUGAAAAGUUGGUGGAAGAGCAGAGGAAAUUUGAUGCUGUAUUGGCUUUAGAGGUUAUCGAGCAUGUAGCAGAACCUGCUGAAUUCUGCAAGUCAUUGUCAGCACUGACUGUUUCUGGCGGAGCUAAUGUGAUUUCAACAAUAAAUCGUUCCAUGAGAGCAUAUGCAACUGCCAUUGUUGUUGCCGAGUAUCUCUUACAUUGGCUACCCAAGGGCACACAUGAGUGGUCAAGCUUCCUUACCCCUGAAGAACUUGUUCUAAUUCUUCAACGGGCCUCCAUCUCUGUUCAAGAGAUGGCAGGGUUUGUGUAUAACCCUUUGACAGGAAAAUGGUCUCUAUCUGAUGAUAUCAGUGUAAAUUUCAUCGCUUACGGCACAAAAAACACUGAAUGAGCUAUAUCUUCAGCUGGAUCAAGCUACAGUUUUGUCGAGGUUAUAUAUUAUAGUGGUUAGAGGCGGCUGCUGUUGGGUGGGAUACUAUGAACAAACAAUUUUGUUUGGUCGGUAUAUAAUCCGCAGUAACUUUUGUUCAAGACUUUAUGAAGUUUAAGAAAGCACACUGCCGCAAUUUGCAAUGCAAUUAGUAGGUGGCAGUAUUUGUUUUUCGGAAAUGGGACGUGUCCGGCUGCACCGAAGCCUCCGUAGCUGUUCUACUCUCUGCCCAGAAUUGAAAGCCCAGAAUUCAAAGUCGGGUUUGCUGACCAAUGAGAUAAAUAUUUCCUCUGCUCUGAUUAUUUGAUUAUUUUAUUGGGUAUUUUGGAUUCCCGAUCUUGUAUUUUGGGAUUAUUAUAGGUUAAUAUUAAAUCUUUCCUUGUUCUUUUGUAGUUCACUUUUCCCAUUUGUUUGCUUUUUAUUUUUUAUUUGCAAGCUACGAGCGAAAACCGACCAUUUGGGCCAUGUGAAAUGUGCACGUUUUCCAGCACUUACUCAAAAAUUAUUUGCUUUCUUUA